CUAAAGCUAGCUGCAUUGGCAUGUCCAGAAAACAAAACAAAUAAAUAGAGCUAAAUUGAUUUCUAGUGCUAACAUAGCAUGAUGGAAUCCAGUCACUUUUUCAAUAAUUUCUCAUAUUCGAUCCUCAAUAAUUUAAAGUGCAGCUAGCUAGCUAGCUAGUAUAGUUUAAGCUUAAUUAUUGUAUGUUUCUGGGUUUUCAAAUAUUGUAUACUGUUCUUUAUUUUCUCUCUUAUAUUUUUCUCGAACAGUGAGGACAAACACAGCUUUUCCAACUCUAAUAAACAGUAUAACAGUAAACUCAUCCUUUAUAUAUAGAAUAAUUGUAAGGACAAUGGUCCCAAGUCUGCUAGUAUAACUUUCUGCAUUUUUGGCUUUAUGAAUAAAAGGGAUAUGAAGAAACUGUAGUAUGUUUUCCUUUUCUUUUCUCUGUUAGUGCUAUUCAGCCUCACAUCUCAUUUUCAGAUUUUCUCUCCCCAAAAUCAUCGAUUCCGGGCCCAAAACCAUCGAUAAUUGAUUUGCAGAAGCUUAUAGCCGUAAUCCGCAGCCUGCAGUUUCAACAGAUUCACCCAAAAAUCUAAAAACCAUCAAAACGCUAAUUCUGGAAAAUUGUUGUUUCCUUCACCGAACGCAAGUACUGUGAAGAAGGUCGUGUUUCUUUGGUUGCAAAGUCUGAUUCCUGCUACUCUAGCAAAGUGAAAGAUAGCGAUUUCGUCGUCAGGAUAUAUGUGAAUCAGGUCCUUCUCAUGCAAUUGAGUGAUUGACAUAACUAUUAACACGGGAGGUGAGAUUUCGUACUGCUAUUGUUUGGGAUCUGUGAUGGCGGUUUCGUCAAUUAUGUGGUGGAGUUAGGGGUUUUUAUCUGGGUUUGUGUAAUUUUUUUUCUUAUCGAGUAAGCCUUUUGGGUUAGUGAGUGAUGGGUGAGGAGACAUCUGAUGCAAUCAACCUUGACCUGAAUCUGGGUCCUGGUCCCGAGCCGGCUUCUGCCACCAUGUCGAAUGAGCCUGUGAAUUUGGAGAAUUGGAUUGACCAGCAGCCUAUGCACCAAAUUCCGGAAGUUUUUGGGAUUAGUCCGUUUCGACGGAGAUGGCCGCAACCUGAAGCGCAUAAUGUUUGGUCAGAGUUGAAUCAAUUGAUGGUCGAUUCUGGUACAUCGAGUAUACUACAAGCAGGGGAGGGUAGUGUUGCUGCGGAGGAAAGAAGCAACGAUGUGCCUAAAAAGUGUGAAAAUAUCAAUGGGAUCUUAGAAAAUGAGACUACAGAAGAGAAGGAUGAUGUUGAAAAGAGCAGUGGCAAUGAUGGUAGCUUUGAAAGCUUGAGGCAAACUAUUCAGAGGAAUGCAUUUACUUUUCCGGUGGAGGAGAUGAUUCAACGCCUUGGAAGCAGAUUUGAUUUGUCUCGGGAUUUGGUUCAGCCAACAGAAGAUACUCCCCGGGAAACUGCAGCAGAAAGAACAAAUGGCUUGUUAAAUAGGAUUCUAACAUCUCGAGCACUGCGCAGAGAGCAAAUUCAGUUGGCACAAACUGAAAUUGUAGAUUUAACGCAAGACAACAUUACUAGCCUUGAUACAGGAGAUAACCGCCGGCUUCAGUCCAUGCUACUUCGAAGAACACAAUCACAUAGAGCAACACUUUCUUCUCUGUCAUCUGCAUUGAGUUCUGCUGAAAGGUUGGUGGAGGCAUAUUUCCAUAACCAUCCUAUUACACCUGCAGUUAGAAAUCAAGAGCCGCCUCCACCAGUUGAUGACAGAGACUCUUUCUCGAGUAUUCAAGCUGUUAUAAAUUCAGAGAGUCAAAUGGACACAGCUGUGGAAAUCGAUUCAAUGGUUUCCCUUUCAACUUCAUCUUCCAGAAGAAGAAAUGAAGCUUCAAGGGUUUCAGACAUGGACAGUGGAGACUCCCGUGCCCCAAGAAGGAGAAGACUGAACUGAAAGCCUCUUCUUCAUCUGGUCAGCACUAUGUUUGAAUGUGCUCUUUGCCUUUGUUUUAUUAGCCUUUCCCCUGCUCAAAUGCCCUUGUAUUACUACUUCACUGUUUACACUCUAGGAAGUGUUCACCUUUUACUACAACUUUGUCCUUUGACAUUGAUGAGGUGAUUAUCAACUAUCUGCUUGAAUUAUUUGUUUUUA